CCGCCGGAGUUCAACUUGUUGCCGUUGUGUCUGCGAUGUCCACCAUCAAUAUUUUAAGAUCGUUCGUUGUCGAGCGACUGACCGCGGCAGCCGAGGAGAUUUUAGGAGCUUUCGAGAAGACGCUUGCGGAGCAAGAGGAAGAAAUACACCGACAGAGGAGACUGCUGGACACAGUCUUGCAGCCCAGCGUCACGUUACGCAGGACAGACUUUGUACAGUUAUCUGAUCAGCAGCAUCAUGAGCAGGAGAGGAGCCCCACUCUGGCCAAGGAGGAACAAGAGGAACUCUGGAUCAGUUCGCAGGAAGACCAACUUCCAUUGCAGGAGGUAGCUGAUACCUCUGAGUCCAUAUUUACCCAUCUUUGUGAUGGAAAUGAUCUUGAUAAAGAUCAGCCUUUGCCCUCGCAACUCUACCAAACCCAGACAGAGGGAGACAUAGAGUCCCCAGCUGUCACCUCAUUUGAACUGAUACAACUGGAUGCCAAAGAAGACAACUUUUUAAUAUCAGAACCAACAAGUGACCACCAUACCCUCUCUAACUGCUUUCAUGUAACUAAGAGUGAAGCUGACCAUACUUGCAGUCGCCAACACUGUGAGGAAGUGUGUUCAACAAGGAAAGCAAGUCUGAAACCUCACAAAAAGACCUACAAGUGCAAGAUUUGUGGGAAAGUGCUUCAUAAUUUGGAAAUUUUCAAAAUUCACAUGAAAUUUCACACAGGGGAAAAGCAUUUCAAAUGCACCACUUAUGGAAGAGAUUUUACUGGAAAGUAUAACAUGGAGAGGCAUGCAAGGACUCUCACAGCGAAGAAGCCAUUCAGAUGCACCACGUGCGGGAAAUUUUUUACCCUGAAGUCAAGUUUUCAAAGGCAUGUAAGGACUCACACAGGGGAGAAGCCAUUCAGAUGCACCACCUGCGGGAAAAUGUUUACCCAGAAGUCAAGUUUGCAAAUUCACAUAAGGACCCAUACAGGGGAGAAGCCGUUCAGAUGCGCCAUGUGCGGGAAAAUGUUUGUCCGGAAGUCAAAUUUGCAAACUCACACAUGGACCCAUGCAAGGGAGAAGCCAUUCAGAUGUACCACGUGUGGGAAAAUGUAUACCCAGAAGUCAAGUUUGCAAACGCAUGUAAGGACCCAUACAGGGGAGAAGCCAUUUGGAUGUACCACAUGCGGGAAAAUGUUUACCCAGAAGUCACAUUUUCAAAGGCACGUAAGGACUCAUACAGGGGAGAAGCCAUUCAGAUGUACUACAUGUGGGAAAAUGUUUACCCAGAAGUCAGAUUUGCAGAUACACAUAAGGACUCAUACAGGGGAGAAGCCAUUCGGAUGUACCAUGUGCGGGAAAAUGUUUACCCAGAAGUCAAGUUUGCAAACGCAUGUAAGGUCUCAUACUGGGGAGAAGCUAUUCAGGUGCUACGAUUGUGGAAAUGGGUUCCGCUCAAAAUGAGAUCUCAAACAACAUGUCAUGAUCCACACAAGUGAGAGGCCUCACAGAUCGCUGCAAAAAGAAGUUAACUGACUAGUCAUCUUCAUUAUUUAUAAUCAUUUAUAUCGGCAACAUAUAUGUCAGGGGGUUAAAUUGAAUCAUUAUAAGGGUGUAACUUUACAUACAAGACAUGGUGCCCUUUAUGAUCAGUUGUCAAUAUGGUACAAAACGACUGUGCAACAAAAAGAUCAAUACUUGUAUAUUGAAGGGCUUUUUUUUUUUAAAUCAACCCCCUGUGUCUAUGUAGGUCAGGUGAAUCGGUCAUAAUAAAUUGUCCCUAGGUGUGAAUGUGUCGGCCCUGUGAUGGAUUGAUGGCCUGUCCAGGGUGUCUCCCCGCCUGCUGCCCAGUGAUUGCUGGGAUAGGCUCCAGUAUCCCGCGACCCAAAUUUGGAUAAGCGGCUUGGAUAAUGGAUGGAUGGAUGGAUGGAUUGUUGAAUCGGCCCUCACUGUAAACUUAACUUAUACUUUUCUUGCAGUAAUAGAGCCUAUAUGCUGUAAAUGUAGGUAGGAGGUUUUUGUAUAG